UUUCAAUUCGAUUUAAUGAGUGCUUUCGGGAAUAUUUAUUAAGACGUAGCUUUUUUAUAUACACAGUGACGUUUAUAGAUCGUUUACAUGUUAAUUGUAAAGUUGUGCUGCUGGAACGUCUGCUAUCAAAAUGGCAAAAUCUGUUUGUGAAGAUUCUAACGUGUUCACAGAUUAUUGGUGUACAAUCUGCAGGAAAAUAAAAAAUGUUAAAGAAGAGUUUUACUGUAAAAAGUGCAGGACGUUUUACUGUGGCUCAUGUAUUCCAUAUCAUUCUCCGCACCGUCGUUGGCUGAGUGGACAAUCUCUUUAUGGUAGGAAUGAUAUACAGAAAUGGCCACUUUCUAGGAACAUGGAGAUGUUUCUUGUUGCAUGUGACAUACACCCCAAUGCAACAUUGACAAUGUUCUGCGAUGACCACAGUCAGCUGUUCUGCUCUAAUUGUUUUGAUCUUAGCCACAGACAAUGUAUUAAAGUUAAACCAAUACAACAAGCUGCUCUGAAAAAGUUACCAGAUCUUAAGAAACUGUCAAUUAAAAUUCAGAACAUUCAUCCGCAAAUCGACAGGUUUUUAACUCAUCUGAAGGACAGAAAGCAUGCGUUGCUUUUAUCAUAUAAUGAACUGGAACUUAAUAUGAUUGAAGAUAUACGUCAGUCAAUACUUGGCGACUUCCAGGAAAGCUCAGUCAAUGAAACAAAUGCGAAUGAAAUAGAAAAACUUCGUCUAAAAAUAACAAAUACGUUAGUUAACUUUGAGAAAAAUGAUGUUAAAGACCUGCAAUCUACAUUAUUAAGCCUAAGAGAUUCUGAUACACAUUAUAUUGGAAAUUGCUCCAUGCUUCACGAUGACCUGAAAAAAUGCAACGAUAUCAUGCAGAAAAUUGGAAUUAAUAAAGAGCUCCGAUUUAUCGCUGGAACAAAAUGUGUAUUCAAAAUACAACAGACAUUGGUAUUGCUCGGAAAAGUUGACAAAGUCCUUACACUGAAGGAAAAGUUUGAGCACAAUGUGCGCAUACAAAGUGAUACAAACGUGUGCUCUAUCCCAGCAAUCUGUGUUUUCCCUGAUAAUCAGGUGCUGGUCGCAGACCACACGAAUAAGAAACUUAAGCUCCUAGAUCAACAGUACAAGGUUGUGUUUGCCCGUGUUGUAUCGGCUAAACCAUGGGCGAUGUGUCAAAUAACACUGCUUGAGGCGGCAGUGACUGUGACUGAUGAAAACACACACGAGGUCCAGUUUGUCACAGUAGCCUACAGGCGGCUCAAGAAAGGAAGGAGACUUAAGUUAUCACACGACUGCAUAGGUAUUGCCCACCAUCAGGGAAUCCUUUUUGUGACAUCUAACACUGUCCUUUACAAGUAUAAACUAAAUGGUGAAUUGAUAAGCAAGUUAUAUGAGGAUGCAUCAGAUUGUUGCACUGUGUACAAGUGUGAUGUGAGUCCCACAGGGGACAAAUUGUACAUCUCAAACCCAGAUCAUCACAAGCUCCUCACCAUGGACAUGGAUGGAAGAGUCCUAGCAACAUUCAAUGACCCUUAACUAGAAUACCCAUGUGGGAUGUACGUGAGCCCUGUAGGCCAAUUACUAAUCUGUGGAGGCUGGCCCAAGUAUUACAUCAUACAGUUGGACUAUGAGGGCAAGAAAAAGCUGACCUUUUUGGCUGCAUGGAAAGAAGGAUUGGGGGGUCAGUCUGCCACAACAUGCAUACCUCCUCAUUGAUUGUGGGACAGGAUUUGAACAACAAUAUACUGGUGUUCAAAGUGGUUUGAAAUUAGGUCAUUCAAUGUACACACGCAUGCAUAUAUUCAUAUAUUUAUAUUAUGAACAAGUAAUUUGAUAGUAUUUUUAAAACAUGUGACAUGUUCCAUUUAAAUGUGUCUCCGAAAGAUUUCGAUAUAUAUUUUUUAAUCACAACGAUUCCAACUAUUCAGAUUUUGUGAAACACUUGUAAUCAAAUACUUGCGAUAUAGGGCAUUGACUAUUUCGAAAUUAAUUAAAUCUCGUUUUUGACACACAUCUAUAUUUUACCCCAACAUACACAAAUAUAGAAUGCGAUGCAUAGUGGAAUUACAUAAUGCGUACAUUUCAAUGUCUUGUCCGUCUAACUCUUCUUUAGGUUUUGUUCAGUUUUAUUUUAAGGAGGAGUAGAAUGGGCUAUAAAAUGGAAUUGUAUUUUUCACAACAAAAGAGAUGAAUGACGUUCAUCUGUUUCUCCUUCGGAGUUAAUAUUUAAUGUGUAUUUUAUUUAUACAUCAUAUUAAAUAAUGAAACUUUUUAAACAAAGAUAUAAGUUUUGUCUUGUAAUGGAAAUAUAUUCUUGUUUUCGUGAAUGAAUGUCAAGCAGAUGGAUAUACGAAUUAAUCUCCGUUUAAUGUUUCCAAAGUUUCAGUGACCCUGCAUUGCAAAAAUCCUAUAUCGAGAUGACAACCGAGCCUUCAUUACCAAUACUAAAAUCGCUUAUGCAGUACACCAAUGUAUUACCGAUAAAUAAUACCUAGUUCAUACAACAGUAUGUUACACACUUACUUAAAACGUAUUUUCGUUUAAACCAAAAAAUCCGCUUUUACCUUAUUUAUGUUAUUGUUUAAUGUUUAAUCAUUAAAAACAACAAGGGUAAUGUCUGGAAACUUGGAAAAGAAUGUAUACUGUUGAAGAAGUUUAUACUAUAAGAACUUCUUUUUCUUUUCAAAUCUUGUCGAACAUGUAAAUUAUACAUGUUUCGUGAAAUUCUGUGUACAACGAUGUCUGUUUGUGUAAAAUAUUUAUAAUUUUAUUUAACUCUACUAGUAUAAUUGUUCCUAUUUCGUACUUUAAAUAUUAAGGUUAAUGUCUGCGUGCACUAUUUAACUAUAGUAUACCUAUAAUUUGGGUUAAUUUUGGGCCAGUUGGGUAAAGCUUUAGCAAAUUAUUGAUACGCAUAUAAUAACAAUUUGUAAAGAACAAACGUUAUUUUGAAUGGGUUUGUUAGCUGUUAUUUUCUUUAUAGAUAGUUUACAUGCAGACACAUUGUGAAAUUACAUUUUAGGUCAUAUAGGUAAUCAGCAUUGUUAAAAGAAAUAAAUAAUGUUUUAUGCACAAUAAUUUGAUAUUGAAUAGAUGCAUUGUGCUGAAAUUGUUUGAUUAGGUACUUAAUAUGCAUUCCAUGUUUUCCAACUUAAUUGCGAGUAAAAAGUAGAACAGUUUCUUUCUUGAAAUUGUCACAUUUCUAGUUUAAUUUUUAUAAAUGCUUAGCUUUAAAUUUAAAUAUACUGUAUAGUUAUUAGUUGAGCCUUUAAAUAGCUUUUGGGGGCAAUUACAAUCAGGUUACGGACACAAAUUGUACAUAAUACAUUCAAAACGGAAAAAUAGUCAAGCAGGCUGGCAUGAGACGGAACGUUUUACCAUAAAUACAUGCAAAUUAUAUCAUUGCUUGAAUGGGUGUUACAGACUAUGACUGGAAAGGAUCUUGGAAAAUAAUUUCAACAAUAUGAUAAUAUUCUAUAUACAAAACCUAUGAUAAGGUUUCUACAUAUUUGCACUUCUCUGAUAAAAUUUCCUUUACGACCGCUUCAUAAACUUAUUUAUAUUAAUACACAUAGCAAUUGGACAAAUGUAAAAGGGGUAGGGUAUAUUGGAAUGGCCAUGCACGUCCGUCCGUCUUUUUGUCUUUAUGUCUGUCCUUAGACCCACACUUUUCCGGGAGCAUUUUUUAUAGAGUACAAUAUUGAGACUUGCACGCAUAUUUCACCGGAACAUACAAUUAAAACAGGAACUAUUUUAAUCAUGAUACGUCAUUAGUUACUUCCUUUCUUAUAUGAUAUGUUAUCAAAAAUGCGUAUUAAUAUAGUAUUUCGCCUUUAGCUUCUAAAGGCAUACGAUAAACCGGUUAUGAAAUGAAAGGCAACAUCAUAAUGUAGUAUACAGAGUUUGUUUUAAAAAUAUCCAUGUGGAGUGUAAACUUGCCAUAUACUGGAAUAACAAAAUAAUUAUAGACUUCUAUAGCACACAAACUUAUUUUUUCAUUUUUCCCUAAAAGCGCUUGAUGCAGAGGCGUACUAUUUUGUAACAUCAAAUUUGUGGUCCAUUUAUUUUAAUCGAUUCUCUUCAGUCAAAACCUGAUAUAUACAUUAAAUAUAUAUUUGAAUUAUUAAUCAAAAUUAGAGUAAUACUCGAAAUCAUCGUGAAUUAUUAAGUACAUAUUUAUUCGUAUUGAGACAAAUGCCAGUAUUGCUUUAAAACAAAUACAAUAUUUUUUUUAAUUAUAAGUAAAUCUUUGACUUAUUUAUGUUGUUUAUUUGCAGUUUGGAUACAGAUUUGAGUAGAUGUGUUUGUUCUUUGUUUAAUUAAGUAUUGUACACCACCUGACAGACAUUUGAAAGAUGCAUUAUUGUCGAAAUAAAUCAUGAUUGUUUA